AUGGUUCAGCUCACAGAGGUCGUCGACGAGCACUUCCAGGAGGGCCAGAUCGGCCCUGAGGACGACGAGGACUACUCCGACACUGACUCCGAGAUCUCCAACGAGUCCGACUACGACCCGUCCGACGAGACCCUGGGCGAGCGCCUCUACGCCCUGCGCGACAUCAUCCCUCCCCAGACCCGCAACUCCAUCUACAACGGCGUCAACAACACGACCGGCGCAGUCAAGUCCGUCCUCAGCUUCAGCGGCAAGACCCUGUGGAUGCUCACUGGUGGCAACGGGGCCCAGCCUGGCGGCCAAGGCUCUUUGACUGCUGAGCAGGUCGGCGCUGCUCUGGGCAAGGCCGAGGCCAAGCCUGCUCUGUAA